GGAGCCGCGCGGGGGCCGCUCUGGCCGCCCGCUCUCUAUGGUCAGCGGCGGCUGGAGGCCUCGGGCCGCGGCCACCAUCGCGGAGCGGCGCCGGCCGGCAUGGAGGCGCUCGGCGAGGCCGAGGGGGCGGCGGGGCCCGGCGGGCGGCGGGCGGGGCUGAGGAGGCACCAUCCGGCCACUGUGAUGUGGGAUCUGCCUUUCCUGCCCUUCUGUGCCCUCCUGGGUGUCCUGGGCUUUGUGUGUGUGGCUUUUGUCAGUGCCUGGUGCCAGUACUGGCGUGGAGGCUUCGCUUUGGAUGGCAGCACCCGGACCUUCAACUGGCACCCAGUGCUGAUGGUGACGGGCAUGGUGGUGCUGUAUGGUGCAGCAGCCCUGGUGUACCGCCUGCCCCCUGCCUGGACUGGCCCCAAGCUCCCCUGGAAGUUGCUGCACGGUGCCCUGGCCCUGACUGUCUUCAUCCUGGCCGUGCUGGGGCUGGCAGCUGUUUUCCGCUUCCACAACGAGCAUGGCACCCCCAACAUGUACUCCCUGCACAGCUGGCUGGGGCUGGCCACUGUUCUCCUCUUCUCCUGCCAGUGGCUGGCUGGUUUCAGCGCCUUCCUGCUGCCCUGGGCUCCUGCCUGGCUCCGUGCCCUCUACAAACCCCUUCACGUCUUCUUUGGCUUCACCAUCCUCAUGCUGUCCCUGGCCUCCUGUCUGUCUGGCAUCAACGAGAAGCUUUUCUUCAGCCUGAAGAAUGGGACAACUGAAUAUAAGCUCCUGCCCCCUGAGGCUGUCUUUGCCAACACCCUGGGGCUCCUGAUCCUCCUCUUCGGGGUGCUGGUGCUGGGUGCCUUGGCCAGGCCAAGCUGGAAGCGCCCUGAUGCCGACUCCCCAGACACUCGACAGCCUCUGCUCGCCGCUGAGCGCUGACACCUGAGGCUUGUCCUGGGGCUACCAGCCCUGAGCUCUCCAACUCCAUCGCUUCCCUGCCUGCUCUGCCAGCUAUCUCCAGCCUCACCCUGGCCAGAACUCCUGCUUCCUGCUCCUGAUGCUCCUCUACCGGUGUGAGGAACGGGCUCAGCUCCCCUGCGGCAGGGGUGGGGCUGCGCUGGCCUUGUAUUGGCCUCCUGCCUGCUGUAGGACGAAGGCAGCUGCAGUGGGACCGUAGAAUCCUGGAAAUGUUUGGGUUGGAGACAUCUUCAAGAUCAUGGAGUCCAACCCUGAACACAGCACUGCCAGGGCACCAAGCCAUGGCCCUCAGCACCACAGCUCCAGAGCUUGGAAACCCCUCCAGGGAUGGGGACUCCACCACUGCCCUGAGCAGCUUGGCACAGGCCUUGACAACCCUCAAAGACAACAAAUUGGUCCUCAUGUCCAACCUAAACCUCCCCUGGGGCAAAUUGAGGCCAUUUCCUCUUGUCCUGGCACUGGUUCCUUGGCAGAAGAAUCCAAUCUCCACCUGGCUCCAGCCUCCUUGCAGGCAGCUGCAGAGAGCCAGAAGCUCUCCCCUCAGCCUCCUUUCCUCCAGCCUCAACACCCCCAGCUCCCUCAGCUGCUCCUCACCAUUCCUGUUCUCCAGACCCUUCCCCAGCUUUGUUGCCCUUCUCUGGCCCUCCUCCAGCCCCUCAAUGUCCAUGGAGUAAGGAGCCCAAAACUGACCUCAGGAUGUGAGCUGUGGCCUUAGCAGUGCCCAGUCCAGGGGCACAAUCACUUCCCCACUCCUGCUGGCCACGAGGUUUCUGUGUUGCUUCUGCAUUUCUAUUUCUGAUGCUCCUGCCCAUGGCUUCAGGCCUCCACGUGCUCUGUCCAGCUAGACCUUGUGCCAAACCAGCUGCUCUCAAGCCCUCCCUGUGCCCUUCAAGGCAGCAGGCAAAGCUGUCAGAGCCUCACUGGGUCAGAAGCCACCAGAGCAGGCACCACCAACAUACCAUACCCUUCACUGAGUUGUUGGUGCCUCUUCCUCUACCCCAUGGGUGUUGGGACCAGCCAAGGAGCCUCCUGGGGCCCUCAUGGACUUGUAAUAAAUUCUGGCUUCUGCA